AUGAUAGUUUUAAUUGUGUGCUUAUAUUUAACUCAUCAAACAGUAAUAUAUAACUUUGAUGCAAAUGCUAAUGAUAUAGAUGGUAAUUUUCUAAUUAUUAAUUACAAUAAGGUUGGUAAGAUUUUUAUGGCUGCGAUUUCAAAUAAUAUGGAGAUAUAAAAUAUUUUGGGCCUAAAACAUAUUUUUUUGAUUAUAUUAGCAGAAUAUUUUUGGAUUUAGAAUCUCAUUCUCACAUUCAGAUAUAUGCAUAAGUUUUAAGGUAAUUAAUUAUUAAUUUUAAAAGUAUAAAUAAUAAUCAAGAACCUAAGUUGUUUUUAGAUGAGAGAUAAAUAGAGCCAGAAUCAGUAGAAUCAUCAUAAACUUUUAUAUGUGGUAAUUUACAUUAUACGUAUACAAUUUCUUAAAUUUAUUAACAUAAUAGAAGAAAUGCUUGGAUUUAAAUUUAAUUAAAAAGAGGAGGAUUAAUAAAACUAAAAUUAACUAUCACCAAAUGUUUAUAUGGAUGUAUAUCCUGUAUUGAAAAUAAUCCAAAAAUUUGUUUAUAUUGGUAGGUACAUUAAAAUUUAUUGAAUAAUACAUGCAUUACAAAUUCUGAGGGAUGGACUGGAGUAUUUACUUAUUAGAAUUACUUAGGAUGUGGAGAUUGUCAAUUUUUAAAAUUUUAAAUAAUAAAUUAUUAAACUCAACUUCCUCCUCAUCAAGAUAUACUAAUAAGGUUUUUUAAGAUUGGCUAUUAAAAAAUGGUAAUAAAUUACAUGUUUGGAAAUAAAAUAAUUAGUUUAGGUAAUUAAUUAAUAGAAAUAUUAAUAAAUAAUCAUAAUGAUUGUCUAUUAAAACUAGAAAUAAAAACUCAAACUCCUUAAUAAUUCAUUUAAUUAAGAGAUUUCGAAAUUUAUUACACAUAUGAAGAUAUUUUAUUAGAGAAUUUCAAUGAAGGUUGUUUAAAAUAGAUUAAUAAUAUAUGUUUAAUUUGUUAAGAUGGAUGGACUUUAGAUAUUUAACAAUAAAUAUGUAAACGAAUAUGUGGAGAUAAAGUAGUUUAAGGAUAAGAAUUUUGUGAUGAUGGAAAUUAAUUAUCAAAUGAUGGUUGUUAUAAUUGUAUAUAUGAAUCUAAUAGAAAUUGUUUGAAAUUUGAAUAUGGAAAGUGUAUAAAAUGUUAGAAUGGAUAUAUGCUUUAGAGAUUCAAAUGUAUACCUAUUUGUGGAGAUGGAUUAAUAGUAGAAACAGAAUUAUGUGAUGAUAAUAAUAAUUUUUAAUUUGAUGGUUGUUUUAGAUGCCAAAAUAGUUGUUAAUUAGAAUGUUUAUAUUGUCAAAAAGGUGUUUGCUUUUAAUGUAUUUAAGGAUGGAGUUUAAUUGAUUAUCAAUGCUAUUAAAUAUGUGGUGAUAACAAAGUAGCUAUAUAUUCAAUUGAACAAUGUGAUGAUCUCUCUGAUAUAACUUGUUUAGACUGUAUUAUUAAAUGUUUAGAUUAUUGUCUAAUUUGUAGCAAAUAUAAUAUAUGUGAAAUUUGUGAGGAAGCCUUGUAUGUUACUGAUGAUAAAUGUGUUCCAAUAUGUGGGGAUUCAUUAGUUUCUAAAUAUUUUGAAGAUUGUGACGAUGGCAAUGAUUAACCUUAUGAUGGUUGUUUUAAAUGUUAAUAUUAAUGUUAACAUGGUUGUAAGACUUGUGAAAAAGGAUACACUUGUUUAGAAUGUGAUGAAGGAUUUUCUUUAAAUAAUUAUACAUUAUAGUGUGAUAAAAUUGAAGAACUUAUUGAACCAUAAAUUAUUGAAAUUUAUUGUCUUCAAAAUUAAUAAUUUAUUAAUGGAAUUUGUAUUGAUUUAUGUGGUGAUGGUAAACUAAAUAGUAAUUAUGAAGAAUGCGAUGAUGGAAAUAAUAAUCCUAUGGAUGGUUGUUCAUUCUUUUGUGGUUUAGAAGAAGAUUUUCAUUGUUAAAAUACAGAAAAUUCUUACAGUAUUUGUAUAUUACUUGAUUCUCCUGAUUUUAAAUUAAUUAAUCAAUCUGACAAAAAAAGUUAAACAUAAAUUAUUUAAUUAAGCUUUACCUAAUCAGUUUAACUCUAGAAAUCCUUAUCAAUUGAAAAUAUCUUCAACUAUAUCAUCUCACCUUAAACUUAAUAUAAAAUGGAAAUUAGAAUUUUAUAGAAUUUAAAUUAAAAUUUAAACAAUUCUACCUUUUAAUUUAUUAUUUAUUUUUAACAAUCUAUCAAAAAUCCUUAAUUAAGAAUUGAAAUUGAUAGAUCUAUUAUUUUUAAUGAGUAUAAUUUAGAAUUAAAAAAACUCAAAAAGGAAAUAAACCUAGGAAAUCCUUUUAUAUUAUCAGGAUAAACCUAAUAAUAAUUAAAAUAAAUUGUUUAAAUGAAUGAAGCCCUCAUUUAUUCAAUGAUUUCAAUCUCAGCUUUAGUUGUUCUUACAGGCAACACAGUUCUCUUUUUUAAUUUACUAGAAUUAUUAUAAUCAUUAUCUUAUAUCAGAUAUAUGAAAUACACGUUUCCCCCUCAUUUGAAACAGUUUUUAAAUACUUUCACAAAAAUUUCUCUGAAACCUAUUUUUGACUAUUUUGAAGUAGAUCAAUAAUUAUCUAAAUUAAAUGGUGGUAUAUUCCCAUUUCAAACCAAAUAAUCAACUCUAAGCAAAGAAUAAGAUCCUUUAAAUUGUUUUUUUUUAAUUAAUGCUAAAAGUUGUUAUUUUUCUAUUUUAACUUCUAUUGCUACUUAUAUCAUUUGUUGCAUUAUUUCAUCAUAAUUGAUUCAUUAUUUUCUUGGAAGAAAAUUUUCAUAAUAUUUCCACAAUUUCAAUUCAUUAAAACGUUUAAGGAUCUUUUAAAAAUACUUCUUUUUGACUUGUCUAAAAUUAAAAUUAUUAUUCUUUCGGGAAAUAAUUUUUUAAGCAUAUUAUUCGAUAAUUCAUUAACUUACCUUUAGUGCUUUACUUUAGUUCCCUAAUUAUCAGUUUAAUACCUUUUUUAAUAUAAUCAAUUCUGCAAAUGCCAUUUUAGCUUUAAUUUUGAUUAUCACUAUAUCAUUUAAAUUAAUUGCGAUUACUUCAAGUUCAAUUAAAAAUAAAAAUAAAUGGAGAUACUUUUAUUAAGGAAUUUAAGGUAGGUUUUGGGGAACAAAUUUUAAGUCUUUUUAAAUUCUAAGAAUUUAAUUUUAUAUUACAAUUAUCGUAGAGUUUAUGAAUUAUCCAGAAGUUUAAUCAAUAUUAUUAUCAAUGUUAUCAUUUUAUUUCCUAAUAUUCAUAAUCAAAUUUAAACCAUUGAAAUCAAAAUAUGAAUUUUUUAAGUAAAUCUUCAAAGAGCUUUUUUUAAUGUUAAUAACAGGAUCAUUUCUGGUUUAUAGCAUGGUAUUAGACGAUGAUUAAUUUUUAUUAUUUGGAUGGAUCCAUAUCUAUUCAUUUGUUGCUCUAUUGUCCAUUACUCUAAUAAUUGACCUAAUAGAGCAUGUAAUAAAAAUAGUUCAAAAUUACAAAUAGAAAUAAUUAUUAAAAUAAAUUAAAUUGGAAAAAAGCUAUAUUAAUAAUAAACUUUAGCUAUUUGUUAGAGAAAUUUGA